GUAGUAGUCUGUCUGGAUAGCUAGUAGGGUUUAUCCUUCCACCUUCGGUUAAUCAUCAUCAUCAUUGCUGCCAAUCUGUUGUCGUCAGUCGUCACUACUUGUGCAGCUUGUGCCUUUCACAAGUCCCUUGCCUGGCGCGCGUGUUUGAUGCAUGCAAUGUAGUGCGUCGAUCGAUGGUAUCGGGACGGACGUGCAGAUAUGAUGGAGCAGCAGAGGCGGCAGGAGGAGCGGAGGACCACCACCGUGCCGACGACGACGACGUGCGGCGGGCGGCGCGCGAGGGCGGAGACGCGGCACCCGGUGUACCGCGGGGUGCGGCUGCGGGCGGGCAAGUGGGUGUCGGAGAUCCGCGAGCUCCGGAAGCCCAGCAGGAUCUGGCUCGGCACCUACCCGACGCCCGAGAUGGCCGCGGCGGCCUACGACGCCGCCGCAUUGGCGCUGCGGGGCGCCGGCACGGCGCUCAACUUCCCCGACGCCGCGAUGGCGCGGCCGGCGCCCGCGUCCGCGGCCCCGGACGACGUCCGGGCCGCCGCUGCUGCGGCCGCGGCCGCGAUGGCGGACUGGGAGGACAUCCGCCACGGAAGAAGCGGCGGCGGUCGGCACGACGACCUGUGUGGUCACAGUGGUGGCGACGCGGGUGCCGUGGCGGCCGCCGGCGUUGUGGACGAGGACGACCUGUUCGAGAUGCCGCGGCUGAUGCUGAGCAUGGCGGAGGGGUUGAUGAUGAGCCCGCCGGUGCUCGGCCCUGCGGCGAUGGAAGCCGACGAGGAAGGCGUCAGCCUGUGGGAUCACUCCUGGUGAUGCGCUGGCGAGCCACACUGCUUUGGUGGUACUGGGAGGCGGUGUAAUGUGAGAUGAGGACGGGCGCCACGUACUGUAAAUGGAAAGCGUACGUGCAUGUGGUGUGGGAUCACAACAACUGAUCGAUGUGGGCAGAGGAAUGUGUUGGUGGUGGCCAGUGGGGCGACAUGUACGCGCUCUGUGAUCGAUGUUCUUGUACGUACGUUACGUAGCAUGAAUGAUGCAGACACGACAGGGAUGCGCGCGUAUAACGAGUUUGCUACGUGCUCACUCAUCGUCACUGUAAUAGUAUUAUAUAUUAUACAAACGCAGUACAGUCAGCCUGGCUCUGCAGUUUUGAGGAUCAUCCGGAAAACAUGACACCAUGAGCCCAUGAGACUAGUUUUUUUUUCAUUUGUGAUACGAUGAAUAAAGCAUUUAGUAGUACUACAUAAUGUGCAUCAUGUAUUUAGUUCAUAAAAGACAAUGGUAUUCAAGGCUGUGGACAUCACAACGCCUCCAGUU